UUAUCAAGAGAUAUAUAUUUUGGUUAGAAUCUUAAGAUUCUAGAAAUUUGAACUUCAGGAUUUUGCUUAUAGGGGGUUCAGUUGGGUUAUAAUGUAGUUAUAACGUUAGUGAGUGAAAAUCAACGAGAUUAUUCGUAUGUAAGUUGAACUUCAACUCCAAUAUCUUAUGCGUUUAUAGCUUACAGUAUAGUAAUAUGGUAAUGCGUAGGAAGCCUUUAUAGAUCUCUAGCAAUAUGUAUAACAUGGUAAAAAUCGUAGUUCAGAAGUUCUUGAUAUUGGGAAAUGAACUGGCUGAGUUUUGCAGGGAAAACGACCGGUGGACGUUUCUUUAACGGCACCCACUGUACGUUGCGUGUGCGAAGGGACGGAGAUGUGGGAAGGGUAGAGUGUCACCCACACCUGCAGAAAUCGACCAAUUUCACGAAAUUGAGACAAAUGCCGGUUCUUCGCCUAUUGCCCUUGUACCGUGUAGAGAUGGGCGAUGAUGCAGUGAGGUUACCUUCCAUGGGGUGGAGGGUGUUAUCGCCAACUGAUCUUCAGGCGGUCGAGCGCAGAGUUCCAAUAAUGGGCGUCGCGCCAGGCCAAACGCGUGCACGGUCAUCCCACCAUCUUUCUUGUGUCGCUAGUGCAAGAGAUGCAGGCUUCCUGACGCUAGCCGAGCAGAAGGAACCGUUUCGAUCUGCAGAAGAGGUGUCCUGUCUUCUCGAGCACCAAUGGGCGGCUGGAUUCCCGGCAGUGUUGCCAUUCCCAGCUCUCAUAUUUGCAUUCAACCGAAUCAUCACGACGACUGCCCAGCGAGCCUGGUAUUUUCACACGCACUCUGCUGUUGGUUUCACACAAAGUGGGGCCAUUCAGAAUUCAUAGCAAAACAUCGCCAGCGACUCUGCAUUGGAGCCAGAUUGCCAAUAUGUCAAUGGCACCAUACAUGCAAACAUACACCUGGGCCAACUUGCUCAGGAACGUAGUCGGUCAGAGCGUCGGUUGCGCGUCGGGGGCUGCAGCCCCAGGCCGGGUUUGGCGCUCCACUACGGGAAGCCUGGCGCGGAGAGCUUGAAGAUGUCGAGCGAGCUUGACAAAGCACCAACGCCCGGAAGACAUGAUGUAUCGCGAUGGC